CCAACACGUGAGGCUCAUGUGACGGAGGUAGGUCAGCUAUCCAACCGAGAGACUGUCUCGUCACAGGGUUUAUUUAACACGUAGACCAAACCACCCCUCUCACACAUUUAUCAGGGAGUAGAGCUUCUAAACCAUUGCUGUGCUUGGAUCUCAGAGUGACACCAUCACAUUGACAGUCUGCAAAGCAAUAGCCUGUUGAAAGAUUAUUCUUUAUAGAAAAAGUGUUAACAAUUGAAUAGAAGAACAUAACAAUAAUAGCAAGAAGAAGAAGAAAAUAUAUAUCUUUGUUAAAUUAGAAUAUUUGCUGACUAUUGAAACAGAUCUGAAGAAGCCUAUUUUUAGGGUUGAAUUUUUUGAAGACCAAUAUUUGGAUUUAAUAAAGACGCAACAUGGAGAGGAUUACAAGUGCACAACCUCCUCCUUGUAUGGCAAAACACCAGUUGCUGGAGAUGGCAGACAUGCAAGGAAUGGAUUUCCCAAUGUACGUGUACAAACCCCGACGGGGUUUGAAGCGCGGGGAAGACAGUAAGGAGUCAUACAAGUUACCCCACCGAUUGAUUGAGAAGAAAAGACGUGACAGAAUCAAUGAAUGCAUUGCCCAACUGAAGGAUUUAUUGCCAGAACAUCUCAAACUCGCAACUCUGGGCCAUUUGGAGAAAGCUGUGGUGUUGGAACUCACCCUGAAGCAUGUGAAAGCCCUGAGCACUCUCCUGGAUCAGCAGCAGCAGAAAAUCAUUGCAUUACAGAAUGGCAUGCAAAUCAGUGAUCAGAGCAGUGUUAGUUCAGAGAACAGUGAGGAGAUGUUCCGCCUUGGUUUCCACGUCUGUGCUAAGGAGGUCCUCCAGUACCUGGCUAACCAGGAGAGCAGCAAAGACCACCUGAUCCCCUCCCACAUGAUCAGCCAUCUCCAGAAAGUUGCAUCAGAGGUGCUCCAGGGUCCACCCAGGCCCCAGCCAGAAGAGUCUACCCACAAACCCGUCGAGAGCAUGGAAAAGCCUGCUGGUCAUCCGCCUAAGGGCAACGAGGGUAACGCCAAGAACUUUGUGUCUGUCAUUCAAAGGACAUACCCCCACGGACAUGGGGAGCAGAGUGGCAGUGACACAGACACUGACAGUGGCUAUGGAGGGGAACACGAGAAACGGGACCCCAAAGGGCAACGCACAAGCUGCUACGGCAAGGAGGGGGAGCUCAAGUAUGAUGUGGCUGAGAGGAUGGCAGGAGGUGGCAUCAAGCAGGAGGGUGAUGAGCCCCAGAUCAAGAGGUUAAAAGCUGACUCCUCAGAGGAUGAGUCUUCCUCUGGACAGGUGGUCAGCAGCCACGGAAGCUACAUGAGCUUCUCCCAACACCAGACCCCACUCUGCAUGCCCUUCUACCUAAUCCCCCAAAUGGCUGCAGCAUGGCCCAUGCUGGAGAAGUGCUGGUACCAAGGGGGCAUGCCCCUUUUGUACCCAGGCAUGAGUGGCUCUGCAGCCAGCUUGUCUCCAGAGAAACUACCCCAAAACCUGGUAAUGUCGCCCAGGCCAGGUUCCCCGGCACACCACCAGGCACCUAUGGAUUCACCAGCUCUCUUCCAGCAGGCACCUAUGGAUUCACCAGCUCUCUUCCAAGCUUUAAAGCAAGUCCCCCCCAUGAACUUGGAAUCCAAAGACUGAUACACUUUUGUGUUUGCACCCUGCUCUAUGAAUAUUUGGUGUUGAAUGAAUUGCCUGCUGGAAGGCAUCCAGGGAAUGGGAAAACAAAGACAAGAGCACCAGCAAGCAGCUGUUUCACCCCUCCGCCCACAUUCUCCCUUUGAGAGCAAACAGCAACUGUUACACACAAACACAGUAGCCACCGCCCUCCAAGCUAGCACCCAUACACUGAGUGGAGCCUUGGAGCCAGUCAGCACUGAAGCUCAGUCCCUUUAAAGGCUCAAAUAUGACCUGUUGCAAAGUUCUGAGUAACUGUAAAGAGAUGGUCUUACACAAGGACAUGACAAAAGUGUUUGAGGGUGAGACUUACCGUGGGGAUGGUUUCUCUGCACUUCUGUUUAAUCUCAGAGUUAAACCCAGAAUGUGAUGCGCAGACAGCACAGCACCCAGCCAUUCGGACCUGCCCUUUGCACACAUCAGUCUGUAAUGAAUGUAAGAAUUGUAACGAAACCCCUGUAGAUGCUGCUUGAGUUUCUACGUAAACCUGUCACUGGAGGAUGACACUGAAACUGAAACUGCAACAGACCGUCCUUUCGACUAGAAUGCUACCAAAUACGUCUCUGGUUUAUGUUGACCAGGGUAGUCACAAAAUCCAUUGCUCCCUCUUCACCCACCAAGUGUACCUUGCAGCUAAAUUGAUUUUUAUUCUUUAAACACGUCAGUAUGGUGUCACCGGACCUGAUCUGCGUCACUCAUGAUGUAAAUACAGAAGUGAUUUUAGUUUUGAGUUUGUAACUCACUACCAUUUGUGCAAGUAGUUCUUGUGAGGUGAUGUCUUGUAAUUAUUUUGUUUAUACUACUUGUACAUAUCUAUUUUUGAUACAUGACCUACAGAGUGUAUUUUCAUUGUGACUAGACGGAGAGAGUUUUAGCUGGCCAUUUUGCUGUAUGCCAAGAGGAUGUGUACAUAGCAUUGUGCUAAGACCUGAUUUGCAUCAUGCUCAUUAUUAAUUUCUCGUCUGGUCAAAUUCUGUCCUGAUCUAAGUUUAUGCUGUUGCCUUUACUUGUUCAUAGCAGACAACAAUUAUGGCGGAUGUCUAACUGUAUUUGUAUUAAUUAUUGAGUCUGUGGCAAAGAGAGGAGAGUGAAUGUAACGUUAAGGCAAAAUGUUAGUUUUAUAUAGAACGAGGUACUUGGAUUUGUAUUUUAGGAUCUAACAGAUGGUUGCUUGUUGUACAUAUUUUGUCUAGUACUGUUGACAUACAUUUUUAAAGAUAUUAAUAAAGAUGUUUUUUUUUCCCCUG